AUGGGAAGUCAAAUGAAGAAGCAAUGGCUUCAUUUUGCUUGUGCUUUGGCAUUUUUCUUGAUUGCCACAUGCACUAUGGCAUAUUCACCUUAUUCUUAUGAAUUAUCAGAUUCAACAUACACUAAAGUACCAACCACAGAAGUCAAAAGUGAAGACUUCAAGGUACCCUCAGAGUCGGAAAAGGAAUAUAAGGUGUCAUUUUUGCCGAAAAAUGAUUACUUUAAGAAGCCAUCAGUUCAAGAAGACGACUACAAGAAGGCGUCAUAUGUUCCAGAGGUACCCUCAAAGGCUAAACCAGAAUAUAAGGAGUCAUUUUUUCCAAAAUUUGACUACUUUAAGAAGCCAUCAGUUCAAGAAGACGACUACAAGAAGGCGUCAUAUGUUCCAGAGGUACCCUCAAAGGCUAAACCAGAAUAUAAGGAGUCAUUUUUUCCAAAAUUUGACUACUUCAAGAAGCCAUCAGUUUCAGAUGAUAGCUACAAAAAAGAGUCAUAUGUUCCAAAGGUACCCUCGAUGGCUAAACCAGAAUACAAGGAGUCAUUUUUACCAAAAUUUGACUACUUCAAGAAGCCACCAGUUUCAGAAGAUAGCUACAAAAAGGAGUCAUAUGUUCCAAAGGUACCAUCAGUUUCUAAGGAAGAAUACAAGGUACCUGUUUUACCUAAGAAUGACUACUUUAAGAAGUCAUCAGUUCCAGAAGAUAGCUAUAAAAAGGUGUCAUAUGUUCCAAAGGUGCCCUCAGUGCCUAAAGAAGAAUACAAGGUGCCUUCUUUGCCAAAAAAUGAUUACUAUAACAAGCCAUCAGUUCCAAAAGAUAACUACAAAACGGUGACAUAUGUUCCAAAGGUGUCCUCAGUGCCUAAAGAAGAAUACAAGGUGUCUUCUUUGCCAAAGAAUGAUUACUACAAGAAGCCAUCAAUUCCAGAAGAUAACUACAAAAAGGUGUCAUAUGUUCCAAAGGUGCCCUCACUGCCUAAAGAAGAAUACAAGGUGCCUUCUUUGUCAAAGAAUGACUAUUACAAGAAGCCAACAGUUCCAGAAGAUAACUACAAGAAGGUGUCAUACGUUUCAGAAGUACCCUCAGUUGCUAAACCCGAAUACAAGGUGCCUUCUUUGCCAAAGAAUGACUACUACAAGAAGCCAUCAGUUCCUGAAGAUAACUAUAAAAAGGUGUCAUUUGUUCCAAAGGUUCCGUCAGUGCCUAAAGAAGAAUACAAGAUGCCUUCUUUUUCGGAAAACAACUACUACAAGAAGGCAUCACCUUCUCCAUCACCACCACCUCCAUAUUAUUAA